UUGGUUCUUCCCGUUCUAUGAGAGUGACGCCGCGGCUUGCUGUGACAAAGUGUGGCAUGAAAGCAUCCAACGGGAUUAUGGAGAAGGGCAUGGCUCAGUAGACAGUAAUGUCAUCGGUGACGUAAAGAUCAAGAUCAAAAUCGCCAGCCGCCAGUUGUCAACACUACGUCAGCUGGGCUGUGAUUGUGUGUGUUUGUCUGGAGUGCUUCGCUCUGCUGUAUGCUGCCCUGUUGGAUCUACUUUGUGGGGACAUCGAUAAGACUGUAAGAUGCAGAAGAGACCAAGGAGAACAGAACUCCUUCAUUUCUAUAAUGAAGGAAUGAAAGAAGAAACUCCAUAUGACAUAAAUUCAAAGCAUUUCAAUUGUGACAUGUAUGUCCAGAAGACAAUCAAGCCUUAAGCAGUUGCUUGAGCAUGAAUCUGAGCUGGUGUCUGAGAUACAGAGCCUCGACUCAGAUUGUCAGACCCUUGUCUACGAUCAUUAUGACAAAUUCAUUGCAGCAGCUGAUAUUGUCCGCAAGAUGAAGGAAGGAUCUGUCAGCAUGGAGGCUCAGAUUACUCGUCUUCAGGAGAAUAUGGGUAGGAUCACAGCAUCCUCCACCAGCAUCACCUCAGCACUUCAGGAGCGCCGUGGACACCUGAGUCGACUUCUGGGGGUUCAUGGGACUCUCAAGAAGCUGGAGUUCCUUUUCCAUCUACCACAAAAAAUUGAUGAAUGCAUUGCUGAGAAAAAUUUUUCUGAGGGUGUACGCAGCUAUGUAGAGACAGCAGAGGUGUUGCACCGGUACCGUCAUAUGCCUUCCUUUGAUGCCAUCCACUGUGACUGUGAGGCUGCAGUGGGACGUCUCAAUGCAGCACUCAAGGAACAGCUUGCCCUUAAAGAGGGAAGUGCUCGCCACCUCACUGAAUGUGUUGACCUCCUCCUUCAACUUGGGGAGCCGGCAGCAGGACUCUGUGAUGACUUUUUGUCUCAUGCCCGAACCAAGCUGGAGGAUGACCUUGCUACACUCACUCGCCUUGCAGAAGCUGCAGCUGAGGUAGAACAGGAUGGAGGCACAAGCCAUGAGACUGAAGCAGGGGAAGGGGCUGAGGAAGUUAAGGAAGUUUCACAGGAAGAACUAAUUGUUAGUGUUCUGGGGAAGACUGUUCCAAUGGAUAUUCUUGAGUUUGUGGAUAUCUGCCAUGAGACUUUUGUAGGUAACUUGUGGCUUGUCAUCUCAUCUUAUAAAGAAAUGUUCCUGAGGAGUCCAGAUGAGGGAGGAAGAUCUUCAACAUUGGCUUUAGAGAAGCUAAGGACAUUUGUAGCAGGGCUAGUGGAUCAGUAUGUGGCAGUGGUGGGAGUGCGGGUGGCUGCUGAACCAGACACUGCCCACUACGCACCACUCACCACUGCCCUGGACAAAUUUCACCGUCGUCUUCAUGCCAUUACACAGCUUUUACCAAAUACUAGUUUUGGAGACACAGCUCUUGGUCUUGUCAUAGAAGCAGGGCAGGCUCGAUGCAGCUCCUCCCUGGCAGCCCUUAAGGUUGGACUAGCAACAAACUUAGGUGAUGUGAGACAUGCCCUUGCUGCUCCUCGGCACCUCACACAAGAUGGGACAGAGUCUACUCACCGUCAACUGAAUGAACAUCUCACACGACUUGUUGCUGCUACUGCUGCCUCCAUCAAGGAGAGAGUGACAGCACUUCAGGCUUUCACUCAACCCAAGCAUACCUUUGCUGUGAAGGCAGAGUUUCGACACCAGUUUUGCCGUGAGCUGGUGAGGGAGGGAGUUGUGGUGGCAUUCUUCCUCCACCUCACAGAUAUGAUGAUGGAGUUUUGCCACAAGAAAGACAAAGAUCCAGUGCUGCUACUGCUACUCUCCCGCAUGUGUCUUGACUUGCACACCUCCACAGUUCAUUAUCUGUUGAGCCACUGUGAUGAGCAGCUGCAGCUGGAGGACAAGAGUGGUCUCACCUCACUGCACACCAUUACUGAUGGCAUGAAGGAAGCUGGUCAACGUCUCCUCAAUCAUUAUGUCCACACACAAGGAGCUGCCAUUAGUCAGAUGCUGAGGCGAAGUGUUGAGUUGAAGGACUGGUUAGGAUGUGGAGAGCCUCGCAGUGUUCGCAGGGUCAUGAGAACUGUCCUUGAGGAAAUUUCCACAAUUGAUACGCAAGUUGGAGCUCUGUAUGAAGAAGGAAGCCACCGAGAUCGUUCCUCAGACUCUUCCCGCCGCACUUACCACAGUGUGAGUGCCUCUCGAGGUGCAGGUGGUCGCUCUGCAUGGUCUUCUUAUACUCCAAGCCAGCUAGAUAACAGCCUUGUUGCAAACCUCAACAAACUAUGGUCUGAACGCAUAGAAAUAUUUGCCCCCGUUGAAUUUACCAGGCUAUCUAUAUUAACGGGUAUCGUUAAGAUCAGCUUAAAGACACUACUGGAGAGUGUACGAUUGCGAACCUUCAGUAGAUUUGGACUACAGCAAGUACAAGUAGAUGCUCAUUACUUAAGAACUUACCUGUGGUCUUAUGUUGCUGAUGAACACGUGCUUAAUGUUCUCUUGGAUGAAGUUGUGACAUCAGCAAGUGUGCGAUGCUGUGAGCCCGAGUUAAUGGAACAAAGAGUUGUGGAAUUUAUCUGUGAUCAGAGUUAGGGUUGAAACUGAAUUCUCCAGCUCCUUGGCAAACUCCUUGAGGAACUCCCCAUAGACCAUUGGCUCCAUGUUGCGUCCAAGAUGGUAGAUCAGGAACCAAUCUCCGAGAUUGCACUUCUUAGCAAUGAGAUCAAGGUUCUGGCGGCCAGCCCAGCGCCCACGAGCCUGUAACAACAAUACCAUUUUUUAGAUGUAGACCUUGAUACCUGGUAAUAUUUUAGAUCUGUCUAUUGUCUUACAUUUUCAUCAUAAGUCUUGCUUCUUACACACACCUCUCAGAUGUAAGCUUCAAAACAAAUAUGAUCAAUAUGAUCAUGAAUGGGAUGUAAGAACAGUAUUAGAAUGAAGAGCAUGAGGUACAAGAAGGAUAUCUGGAGCAAGGAAGAGUGGCUGCACAUGAUAGGACUGAAUGAAAAGUAUUUGUGAAUGCAGAAACAAACUGCCUUGAUAAGAAGAUUGUCUUUUUCUAUUCUGAUCAGCUGAGUACAUCACAUUGGGAAUUGCAUGCUAUGUUAGUUAUGAUGUCAUAUCCAGAUAGGUAUACUUCUUGAUAUUCAACUAAAUCUGAUAGAAGUAUAGAUUAUACUUCUAUCUUGGCCAUCUCUGUAGUGAAUCAAUCCCAACUUGAUAUAAUAGACAUACUAAUUAAUAACAGUUUCUAUAUGCCAAGUUCACAACUUAAAACACAUCAUUCUUGAAGGAGAAAGCCAAGAUAGAUUUACUUUUAUACAUUUACCUACAUUUCUUCAUAUCUUUGUCACUUGGUCUCUAUUUGACUUGUAAUUGUACAAACUCAGCUGCACAGCUACUUAUAUAUUUCAUAUAUACACCAGAAAGGGCAAAUAAAAAUCACAAAAUUUAAAGUUAGGUGUGCAAGCAUAUUCACAGCUCUCUUGAUUAGGAUUGACAGCACAAAUGCCUUCAUCCUGUUGCACUGUAUCAGAUCCCAUCCCCUUUCCUGCACCUGAUGAUACCAGUUAAUCAGACUAGGUGCAGGUGAAUCAUUUUAAUUUAUGUAGGGUCAGGGGUAGGGAAACAAGCUGAUGCAGAGGAAUGCACUAUCAACUUUUUUCAUUAUACAACCAUAUUCAGAAAGAAUGAGUAGCAGAUAGGUGGCAUGGCCAGUAUAUAUACACACAGGUGGCUCAGCCAGCAGGUCCGUGUAGCAGAACAGGCCCAUGAUUGGCGGAAGCCAGACAAGGUGAACCUCACUGCAACUUGCGACAGACCCAAUGCUCCUCUCCUAUGGUUGGUCGCUAUGCUGGUCUCAAUGUAUGCUGACUCCACUAGUUUUCUUGUUGUUCUUGACAACUUCCCAUGUAGGAUCUUGGGUUUCAGUCUGGAAGGUGUCCAUGAGAAUCUAUUUCGUUGUCUUGUGUUGCUUCAGAUUGUAUUUAAGUUUGCAGACUCUCCUCUUAAAGCCCUGGGACAUUUCUCCAUAGUAGCUGCAGCGCAACCCAAACACAGAAUGUUGUAGAUGACGCUGUCCUCAUCUUCCUGAUUUUGCAGCUACACUUGUGUCACUCCUUUCCAGUAGCAAUGUAACUGGUUUACCUUUCUUGCUGUAGGGUACUAGUAAGUAGUCUGCUUUUCCUUCAUCUCCACUAACACUCAUGUUAAUUUUUCAUACAUGUAUAAUCCUCGCCUUAUUCCUCAGAUGUUGUAGGAGGAACAAGGCGAGGAUUAUUCACUGAUACUGUCCAGAUAAACCAAAACCCAGAUAAAUGAGGGUCAAAUGUACUGCCAUAGCACCCGUCUGUUACUCAUUCUUUCUGAAGAUGGUUAUAUAACCGAAAUGUUAAAGAAUGUAGUACAUCCCUCUGCAUCAGCUUGUAUUUCCCUACUACCCACAUUGUCUAGAUAUACACAAUUUUCAUUUUACCUAUUUUGUGCAAGUAUUCUUCCUUGCUCUAACCUACAACAGAUACUGUUCACAUCCACGAAUCCCCAUUUUGGAAUUUUUGUUCUUACACUCUAACAUUAAGGCCAAUUAGUUUUCUAAACAAAUUUCUGUUGCUGCACUUCUCAUUAUGCCCAAAAUCAUUAUAACACUUGCUGCAGUACUUUCAUCUCCUUCCUUUGCACUUCCUGUGAUACAAAGCAUUAAUCUCCAUAUACUGCUCUUAAAACACUAAAUUAUUUGUGCUGCUCAUAUUCCAAUAUAGUUAGUUCUCCAUCUACAUGCAUGCACUUCUUAGUUCUCCAUCUACAUGCAUGCACUUCUUGUAAUUAGAUAUUUUUAUAUUCCUUGAAACUUACGAGAACCAACAAUCUUUCAUCAGCAUCUUUUUAACUAUUAUUUUCCACCGAGUGUCAUCCCUUAUAGCAUCUUACUGAAGGAAUUUCCAAAUAUAGUAGUAUAAUUUCUUAUUUUUUCCUGAUGCAUCAUGUAUGUAUGUAUGUAAUACCAACUGCACAUUCAAUUACACCUUAUUACAUUCUCAAUUCUACCAUUACUAUCCCUCAAAUGUUAGGCUGGGCAUACAUUAAAACACAGGUGACACACAGCACAGAACAAGGCAGCACAGUGCAGGUGCAGACCUGUUUUGGCCUGCGUCAUGCAGUCUUGGAAAUUCAGUUUUCUGCACACUUAAGUAGUCUCAUGCAGUUUGCCUGAUUAAGCUACAGGUAAAAAGAUUAAAACACUGUUAAAGGACAUGAAUGUUAGUAAAAAAAAUAAAUAAUGAGGGUAUAGCUGGGAUGCAUAUUGUGUUAAGAAGUUUGAAUCAAGAAAAUCGAGGAGAUGGUCAUUGUGAAUAUCAUGCUUAAGGUCACAUUUACAUAGACAAGAAGGUGGAAUAGUAGUUAUCAUUCUAUGCAAAUGUACUAGGAAAUUUGUUACAUGCAAGUGUAACAACUUCCAAGAGAAAAAAAAUGGACCUUUUAGAAUGAGUGCAUAAACAGGAUGUAGAAGGAGUAGUAGUAGUAGUAUUAAUUCCAAAACUCAUAAUCAUUCCAGUCUCUUCAUCCCUCUCACUAGGUUCUAAUAUCUCACAACAUUCAUCUAUACAGGAUGUAACACAAGUUUCUGCAAAUACUGGUAGUGAUAAAAGUACCAGAAAGUACAAGUUAUUCAAAGUAGAAAACAUUCUAUACAAAUAUAUAUAAAUUUUGAGCCUUUGUUUAACUGUUGUGUGUAUUCACAUGUAGAGGCGUGACAUACAUUGGCUUUGGUGGAUAGGUAUUUAUGCCAUAAAAAAUACCAACGUACUCCACUGUACUACUGUAAGUGUGUGGCAUUUUCAACUUUUUUUCCCGUCAAAAUCUUGCAGUACUUGUAUUAACUGUUACCAUCUUGUCGUGAAGCUACUAGCAGCUGACCAACCUUACCCCCUUCCCAGCCUGGUCAGACAAGAUGUAACAUAACCUAUUAUUUUGUUUUUACUAACAAGCAUGCUAACAUCAUGUUAUUUUUUCCAUCACUAAAUCACAUUUAGAUACAAAGUCACUUGUAGAAAGGUGGAAUAUGUUGACUGUUUCUAAGGCAUAAACACCCACCCAGCACAGCUGUUGUGUCACCUCUCGAUUGUAAUUACACCCGUAUGACUAAAUAAAGCUUUAAAUGCAUACAUGAGUAGAGAACAUUUUUUUACUUAGAAUAGCUUGUAAUUUUACCUCUAGCAGUGUUCACAGAAAUCUAUUGUUGCACCUUAUAUUUCAUUUUUACUCAAAUCUUAAAUUCAUUCCACCUCUUUCAGCUACACACUUAAGACACCCUUUCACAACACUGUCUGAACUCCUUUGAGUCACAUGUUAGAUUCAGAUACAUCCUUAUAUUUUUCUUCAUUUGACCUAGCACAGUCAUAUCAUUCACUAAUUAAUAUUCAGCAACCAGAUGUUUGGGUACUCAGGAGAAUGCCACAGAAACGAGUCAGUAAUUAUUGGUAUGGAUUCUAUGCCUGUAGACCAUUCAUAAUAUUUACCAUUUAUUUAUCCAAUUUGUUCAAUAAUUUAUUGUCCAGAAUCUUGGGAGUAUUCUCACUCCAACUUUAAUAUCAUGAAAUAUGUAAAUAAUUUUUUUUAAAAAUGCUGAUAUAUAAAUACGUAAAUCACUAUUGUA